AUGAUCGCCGCCACGAAGCGAAAAGUCCUUGAUGGAAUGAACCGCCGGUACAUUUACGGUCGCGUGCCUCUCCUACACACAAUUAUUUUCCUCAUCGAGAUGGCUGUAGCUACUCGAAUUGCCGCCAAGUUCAACACCUACUAUGCCGAAAAACCAGUGCUUACGACCAUGGUCACCAACGCGGUGCUUGGUGGGGUGGCCGAUACGGUUGCGCAGCUGAUCACGGCGUUUAGGCUUCGAAAGCAGCAACGAUCACAGGAGGACAACGAUUUCAUUUCGAUAGAGAUAGAAGACUGGGAUAAGACGAAGUCGCCGGCUGUCGGAGAGAUAGGAUAUGUGAAGAAUGCGCUGCCCCCAUUCGACUUUGAGCGCCUGACUCGGUUCAUGGCGUAUGGUUUCUUCAUGGCCCCCAUACAAUUCCAGUGGUUUGGAUUUUUGUCACGAGCAUUCCCCCUCACCAAGGCGAAUCCGACGACUCCUGUAUUCAAGCGUGUCGCUUUUGAUCAGUUGAUCUUUGCACCCUUUGGUCUGGCAUGCUUCUUCUCAUACAUGACAAUCGCCGAGGGUGGUGGGAAGAGAGCUUUGACACAGAAAUUCCGUGAUGUAUACCUGCCGACUCUGAAAGCCAACUUUGUGCUGUGGCCAGCGGUGCAGAUCCUCAACUUCCGAGUUAUUCCUAUCCAAUUCCAAAUCCCCUUUGUCUCCUCCAUUGGUAUCGCAUGGACCGCGUACCUUUCACUCACCAACUCCUCCGAGGAGUCCUAA